AUGAGCCUUAUGAUCUUUUUAUUCUUUUUUGCGACAACCACAGAUGGAUUAAGACCUCGUGCAUCUAAUACAUCUGAUACAAAGCCUGUUACAUCUAAUACAACUGAUACAAAGCCUGUUACAUCUGACACAUCCGAUACAAAGCCUGUUACAUCCUAUCAAGACCUACAUGACAUUAUUGUGAACUUCUUACCCUCAGCGUUGAAGAAAUUUGGAUUGACAAGUACACAAGAUAUUGAAAAACUCAGUAAAGAAGGUGCACCGCUAAUUGCUAGUAUUAUUGCGUGUGUGAGUGGUAAAUGCUCAGCAAAAGAACGUCGAGCAUUAUUCGUUAAACGCGGGAAUGUCGGUGAAAUCAGAAUAUGGAUUGGAAAUGUGGUUCGAAAAGCGAUAGACAGAGUGGUAGACGGAGUGGUACGCGAAGUAGGCGAAUUAAGCAACGUUCGAAUACUGGUAGACCACUUGGUUCGCAAAUUGGCUUGUUGCAUGAACAAAAACUCGUGCCUAGUAAAGGUGGGGCUUAUAGGAGUUGGCUUUGUGCUUAGUAGUAGGGAUGACUGGAGCACUUCUGAUGGUAUCAAUGACUCGUAA